AUGAUUCACUCAGUACUGAUAUUUAAUAAAAAGGCUCAGCCAAGAUUAGUCAAGUUCUACACACCUGUGGACCUUCCUAAGCAGAAAUUGCUAAUAGAGCAAGUCUACGAAUUGAUCUCACAGAGAAACAGUGAUUUUCAAAGCUCUUUCUUGACCACUCCACCUUCGCUACUACGUGCAGGCGCCGACGAACUAGGAGAUGAUCAAGGAAUCCAAGUAAUCUACAAGAACUAUGCCACCUUGUACUUCACGUUUAUAGUGGAUGACCAAGAAUCAGAACUUGCUAUCCUGGACCUUAUUCAGACUUUCGUGGAAUCACUCGACCGUUGUUUUUCUGAAGUGAAUGAGCUGGAUCUGAUCUUCAACUGGCAAACACUAGAGAGUGUUCUUGAAGAGAUCAUUCAAGGCGGUAUGGUCAUUGAAACUAGUGUGCCUAAGAUCGUCGCAGCCAUUGAUCAGCUUAACAGAAGCUCCAAUGGUGAAAGCAGAGUGAACCGCUUUUCAGGAGCGGGUAUCGGAAGUGCAUUGCAGGCAUUCGCCCAGACCGGAUUUUCAAGUUGGGCAUCCAGCCAGUAA